GAUUUGGCAGCUCGCAAUCCGGUGGAAAAGAGCGGUGGGGGCCUAGGCGUGGUUCUGGCGCUGGGGGUGCUGGAGGGGCUUAUGCUCGCGGAUCGAACUUCAGUGGUAACGCUGGUGGACAACGGGGAAAUCCUGGAGGAAACUAUGGAGAUCCUCCGCCUGGGAAUCAGUAUGGUGCCGGUCCUCCGCCUCAGACACCCCCUCCUAACGCUGGUCCAGGGCCAAAUAGAUCCGACUCGGCGAGGGCCGAGGAGAAGGCCCGACAAGAAGCAAAAGCUCGUGAAGAAAGAGCCCGAGAAGAGAAAGCUAGAGAAGAAAAGGCUCAAGAAGAGCGUGUCCGCGAGAAGAGAGCUCGGGAGGAGAGAGCUCGGGAGGAGAGAGCUCGAGAGGAAAGAGCUCGAGAGGAAAGGGCCCGCGAAGAGAAGGCUCGUGCAGAAAAGGAACGUGAAGAAAAGGCCCGUGAAGAAACGAGGCGAAAGGAAGAGCUUCGUCGGAAGAUGGAGGAAUUCAAGCGGAAGAGAGAGGCUGACCAACGAGAAAAACAACGACAGCGCGAUCGCGAGGCAAUGGAGAAGGAACUGCGUGAGCGUAGGGAGCAGUUCGAGAAAGAGAUGGCUGCUGCCAGAGAAGCAGCAGCGAAGGAGGCACGAGAGCGUGCUGAGAAGGAAGCAGCCGAGAUCCGCGAAAAAGAAGCGAAAGCCGCUGCGGAAGCGAAAGAAAAGGCUGAACGGGAAGCUGCUGAAGCCAGAGCCAAGGCGGAGAAGGAAGCUGCAGAGAAGGAAGCCGCCGCGAAAGCUGCCGCGAAAAAGGAGGCUGAUGCCAAAUUUGCAGCCCUCAAAGAGGCCGCGGCAAAGAAGUAUGCCGAGAAAAAGGCCAAAGAUGCACAAGAAGCAGCAGCGAAGGAGGCCGCCGCGAAGGCAGCCAGGGAGAAAGCAGGGAGCGCAUCGGUCCCUCCCCGAACUCCAUCACCGAAGAAGCCGCCUCCUUCUGGGGCACGGACUACGACGUCCGCCGACCAAGACGAUGCAUAUUCCUUUCGACCAUAUGACAGACCUAGGCGGCCAUAUGGGGGUACGUCAAGCUCAUCAGCGUACUCCGAAUCAUCUUAUGCCCCUUCGCAAUCUACGGCUCGGACUUCGCCUCCACCAUCAACUAGAGGACGGUAUGAAACUAAAGACCCUGAUAAGAUUGUUAUCAAGGCUGUUUUCGAGUUCAACAAUGCGUUUAUCAAGACCCCAGCAGCUCAACUAGUCUCUGGACAGGGACUGGUGUCGGAUGGUCUGGUUCUGCGCAUCACUACUGAAGGGCUGUUUAUUGAUGAUGAUAUCCGGGGGGUGGGUCAGCGAGAGUGGGACGUGAAGGCGUGGACGAUAAAAUUGACGGAGGUGUGGUGCCCACAAUAUGCCUCUCAAAAGCACAACCCACCCAAGCAGAGCUCAUUCUUUGGCCGACGGGAUGAAGGACCAACCUCGGGGGAGUCCGAUGCGUACCUGGUGAAUUUGUUGAAAGUAUGCAAGAACAAAUGUCGCCUUGCGCCGCCAGGACCCCAUUCUGAGAAGCAGGGGCUCCAUGUACUACGAGCUAGCAUACGUGACCAGGAAGGACGGAAAUAUCUCUUCAUCUUGGAAGAAACAGAAGGUUGGAAGGUGGGUAUUGGACUCCAGCGGCUUCGAAAGAGCUCGCUAGCUCGGUCCCUAGGAGUGACGAAUCUAUCGGCCAAUGAGGGCCGCUCAAUACUCGGAAACCUUGGAUAUAUCUAAUUCGCCCGGGUGAUCUUCGAUUCCUGCUUUACGCUACAUAUCAUUCCCCAUAUCACACAUAGCGCGACGUUAUCUCAAGCUCCAGCCUUGCAUAGUGUCAUUGACGACUCGACGUUCGUUUGUACAGAGAUUCCCCCUGUUGUUGAUUGCUCAUGAAGUUGACGAUUUAUUGCUAUCCACAUAUAUCUCUAUUUGUAUAUAAUGCAGCCCGGAAGUUCA